GGUAGAGGCGGCGGAGUGAGAGACUGACUGAACGAGGGAGGAGGGCGGAUUUGGGCUUGUGAAGAUUCCGGUCGGCAGGAACAGGUGAGGGACGAGGAGUUCUGUGGUGAAUAACUCAUGGCUUGUCUUGCUACUGCCUGUCCACCAUCAUCUAGGCGGAAAUCUGAUGCGUGAUUGAAUAUUCUCAAUUUAUCUGGAUGAAAGCAACUUCAAAAGCAGUCGACUUUGAUUCCGCUAAGAACCUGGAUAAAUUAUGGCUUCAGCAUCGUCACCAAUAGUAAAUUCCACUUCUGCAGCAAACAAUGUAACGAAUAAAAAGGCACAGCUGACCGACGAAAUACCAUUGUUAGCAGGAGAGGAUAUUAAAAGUAAAGAAAAGGAUGUGAUCUACAUUUGUCACUUUAAUGGACCUAAGAAGGGAGUGGUGUACAUUACAAACUACAGGCUUUACUUUAAAAGUGUUGAAAUGGAUUCCUCGAUGACUCUCGACAUCCCCCUGGGAGUGAUCAGUCGAGUUGAAAAGAUAGGUGGCCAGUCAAGUCGAGGUGAAAAUUCCUAUGGACUGGAAAUAACUUGCAAAGAUAUGCGCAACCUGAGGUUUGCUCUGAAACAGGAAGGUCGCAGCAGAAAAUCCAUGUUCGAAAGUCUUACAAAAUAUGCAUUUCCUAUUUCAAGUGGUUUGCAAUUUUUUGCAUUUGAAAAUAAAGAAACUUAUUCUGAAGAUGGCUGGCAAGUUUAUGUUCCAAUUGAAGAAUUUAAGAGGCAGGGUUUACCAGAUGAAAAACGAAAAUGGAGAAUCACAAACAUAAAUCAAAACUAUGAGCUUUGUGACACUUAUCCACCAAUCUUAGUGGUUCCAGCCAGUGCCAGUGAUGAUGAUCUGCGAAAGGUUGCAGCCUUCAGGUCCAAAGGACGAUUACCGGUGUUAUCCUGGAUACAUCCAGACAAUCAGGCUGUGAUUGUUCGGUGCAGUCAGCCUCUGGUUGGCAUGAGUGGGAAACGCAGCAAAGAUGAUGAAAGGUAUCUCGACAUUAUUAGAGAGUCCAAUGGGCAGACCCAGAAGCUAACGAUCUUUGAUGCAAGACCAAGCGUCAAUGCUGUAGCCAAUAAGGCCACAGGAGGGGGCUAUGAAGGUGAUGAUGCCUAUCAGAGAGCAGAGGUCAUCUUUCUUGACAUUCACAACAUUCAUGUGAUGAGGGAAUCCCUGAGGAAAUUAAAGGACAUUGUGUAUCCUAGCGUUGAAGAAUCCCACUGGCUGUCGAGUCUUGAGUCAACACACUGGUUAGAGCAUAUUAAGUUUGUCUUGGCAGGGGCAAUUAGAGUAGCAGAUAAGGUUUCAUCUGGGAAAAGUUCAGCAUUGAUACACUGCAGUGAUGGCUGGGACCGUACCGCACAGCUUGCUUCUUUGGCACUACUAAUGCUUGAUAGCUAUUAUCGAACAACAAAAGGUUUUGAAGUACUUAUUGAAAAGGAGUGGAUAAGUUUUGGGCACAAAUUUGCAACGAGAAUAGGACAUGGUGACAAGAACCAUGCAGAUGCAGAUCGCUCUCCGAUAUUUCUGCAGUUCAUUGACUGUGUUUGGCAAAUGACUAAGCAAUUUCCUACAGCUUUUCAGUUUAAUGAGCUUUUCUUGAUUACCAUUCUGGAUCAUCUGUACAGCUGCCGUUUUGGAACCUUCCUUUAUACCUGUGAACAACAGCGAUUGAAGGAGGAGUUGCGAAAAAGGACGGUGUCCUUAUGGUCUUACGUGAACAGUGAAAUGGACAAGUACAUCAAUCCCUUUUAUACAAAAGACCAACAUCGUGUGCUCUAUCCAGUUGCCAGCAUGCGGCACCUAGAUCUCUGGGUGAACUACUAUAUCCGAUGGAAUCCUUGGUUCAGGCAGCAGCAGGACCCAGUUCAACAGCGAUACAAGGAGUUGUUGGUUGUACGGGAGCAGUUGCUGAAGAAGCUAGAGGAGCUGCAGAUUUCAGACUCUCCAACAGGAAUGCUUCCCCAUGUCUCCAAUUCGUCACCUUCAUCUUCUCCAGUGCCAGUAUCUCCACACUCUCAGACAAUGCUUUGAGAUGUGUGCGCGGACAAUUCCAAAUACUUGCAGUACUGCUUAUGUUAGAGACUCUUUAAAAAAAACUCAUUUAAGCUAUAUUGCAGCAUGUUAAAAGAAUGCUGGCUAGGAUUGUUGAUUUAUUUGCAUGUUAAUACUAUAAUUUCUCUUUCUACAAAAAGUGAAUUAAAGAUAUUUUGAUAAAUGGCGUUCUAAAUAAUGUUUGUGCCUUUGUUUGAGUGGUAGCAGGCUGCCAUUUAUUUAGGGUUACUGUCCUGCUCUUUUUGUUUCAGUCUGUAGUCACGCUGACUGUCUCAAUCACUGAGUAAACAGUGGACUUAUUCAUCUCAAAUCCAUAUGAGUAGUGAGAGUCUUUGGAGGACAGCGAUGAAAGCUCUACGGAUUGCUGCAAGAACUGACCAGAAAAAAGCUGAUUGUUGCAUAAAUAGCUUAUAUAUGGCUUUUACUGCAAAUUACUGUUCAUGUAUAGUUUGCUCCUUUGGUGAUCCCUAGCAAAUGAAAAUAGUACUGUAGUAUAAAUGGAGCUUUUGUAGGGUCAGUGACGAGCAAAAGCAGAAGGUGAGAAGAGAUUUUGAAAACAAUAUGGGAGUGAUGUUGAUCUUGGACAGAAUCUCAAACUGGUGAUAGUGGGCAAUGGACAACCUAUUGCACCAGGGUACCGAAUACUGUAUCUCCAUUUCCUCAUGAUCUGCUGCUGCUCAAGCUGAAUUUCAGCCCCCUGGUGUCUUUUUGCAUGACUGCAGCUGGUCAAUUCCUCCACCUCCUGUUAUGCAUUUGUUUUCAGUAGCAAAAUAUAAAUAUAAAAGUUAUCCGUUUAUUUCUAUUAAUAUUUUUUAAGUUGAGUUCUCCCUUUGUUUUAAAUAAAUAGAAUCUCUCCCUGACUGGAAUUCAGUCUAUACCUACAGCAUUUGCAAUUAAUAGGAUCCCCUAAGCAAACACCUGUAUUCCUGGUCAUUCUCUACGCCUGCAUUUUAUGAGCUUGUGUAAUUGGCCAAAGUAUUUCCCCCAUUUAUUUUUGUAUUACUUUGAGGAGCUAAAAAGGUAAUGCAAAAAUUUAAAGAAAUAUGAAUUAAAUUAAACUACUUGUACCUGAAAAUGCUGAUCAUUUUAUUCAUUUCUUUAAAACUAUUAUACUGAUAUUAAGUGAAAUUAGGUUUAGGAUUUUGUACAAAUGUUUGGUUUUUAAUGGGAUAGUAUGACUGCGUUUGGAAACAGAUGACGAUCUGAAGCAUUUUAGCAGCGACUUGUUUUUUUUCCCUCUAACCAAUUUGCUUCUGUGCAUUGCAGAUCUGAAGAUAACAGUGGGGGGACAAGCACUGUCCUUCAUCAACCUGAAAUUUACAGUUGCCAUUUUUAUAUGUUCGCCAAACAGUUGUCUGAUAUUUUGCCAAAGGUGUUAAUUCAUUGAGAAUUACCAUAUAUUUACUGAAAUAGUCAACAAGGGGAUGCUGUGAGGAACACCAACAACAAUUUGUAGAUUUUCUCUAGUGUUCCAAAUGCAUUUUCUAGGAAAGCAGAAUUUUUUUUAGUGCAAUGUGUCUUUCGGUAACAUAGGUUUAUUACAUGAUUCUUCACUGACUUUUUCUGUUCAGUUCCAUUUACACAAAUCAAAUUUGAUCUAUUUUAUUUUAAUAAUUUCAUGCUCUUCACCUGUGUCUUUUGCAUUGGAGCUAUUUUUCAUUGAAUGUAUUUUUGACAGCAAAGUAUUGACCAUGAUUUGCCUUUUUUAGGGAAAUCAAAGGUGAUAUUGAGAAUUUAGCUAAAUUGGCAAAACUCACUGUAUAGGAAGGGCAUGAAUACUUGCUAGUAUGCUCUCAGCUGACAGUUCUUUUCACGAUUAAGGAAGGGUCAUUUUGUUGAAGGCAUUCAGAACAGAUGUUAAAUCAAGUGCUCAUCUACCAGUUCAUGUAGACGUAAAAGAUCCCACGCUGUAUUCUAAGAGCACUAGGGGAGUUCUUUCGGUCAAUAUUCAUUCCUUUGCUGUUUGUGGUGCUUCGUUUGAUGCACAACUUUACAUGCAUAACAGUAAUUGCAUUUCAGAAAGUAAUUAAUUGGCACUGAAGUGCUUUAAACAUCCUGAGGACAUAACACUUUAUAUAAAUGCAAAUUUGUUCUUGCAGAUUUAUCACAAAUUGAGCACACUUGAAAUAAUUCUUCAAAAUUCGUACAAUAUCCAAAUUUAAUUCCAGAAGAUUUGAUUCGAUUUAGAUGCUUUCUGGUUUCUGCCAUUUACACCACCUAUCACUGCACCAGGGAAACCAGAGAAAUUGUUUGUCCUUGAAAAAUUUACAUCUGCUUGAAUUUGUUGAGUUUCUAUUCUACUUCUCAAACUUAGUUCAACUUCCUACUGUUUGCAGUUGAACUUUAAUUGUUUUAGUCUAUUAGGCCAUAUCUACAUUCAAGACCUAAGCUGUAAUCUGGGGCUGAAAACAUUACAUACACCACCUUUGGAAUGAUUUUUGCUAGUAGACCAGACAUUUCUACAUGUUGAAGUUGUACGUGCUUGGAGACUGAUAUACAUGACAAGCAUUAAGGAAGAGUUUGGCCAGUUGAAGUUUAUGCCACUGUCCCUCAAUGGUUGUUCCCUGAAUUUUCUGUUGCACCUGAUUGUUUUUGGGGAUGGCACAUUCUCUUCUAUUUUUGGUUUAGUUAGGUCACUGUUAUUGUUUUGGUUAAAAUGCUUUUAUGUAAAAUGUUUGAAUUGAAUAUUAUAAAUUACUUUGGUUCAGUAAUAAAUAUUUGCAAUGCAUAAUCUCUUUUAACAUUGGUUAAGCAUUCCACAUAUAUAGUAUUUGUCAAAAGUCAAGACUGGUAAAGCUUUUUACUUUUGGCUGAUCUGUAUUUUGGAACAUAUUCCCUUUUAAAUAGCAAACCAUAAUAGCCAAAGGUCUCUAUUCUGUGGGUUAUGAAGCAUUUGGUAAUUAAAGUUUGAAUUAAUGACAGAUUAAACUGUUACAUUAAGGCUGAUGCUCACAGAAUCUGCUAAUGUUUACAAAUUACGUUUUGUGGCCAAGCAGCAUUGCUGUCACAUUUGUUACUGUUUAGUAUUCAGAUACUUCUGUCUUGUUGGUCUGAAUUUUGCUAGCUUGUUGUAUAAUUGCAAGAAGUGGAAAUUUUAGACUGAAAUGUUCCGUAUGCUGACUACUGACUUAUGUAUUCAUUUUGUUUAAUGUCCUCAAAGAAAACAUCUUCCCUUGAAAAGAGUGUCUGAUUUACAGGAAAAAGGGCUUUUGUAACUGAAAAUAUAAGUAAAUGGGAAUAAAUUAAACAUCCACAGGGCUCUCCUGGGAUUGAUGAGACCUGAGGGGAGGAAGUUUCAUUAGAAUUAGAAACCCUUAACAAUAUGAUGCAACCUAUUGUUAAUCACUAUUGAAUGUUCACUCAUCACACUGUACAUUUAAUUUCAUGGGAGGUUUGCAAUUGAACAAGAAUUGCUUUUAAUGGUCACUAAACCAUUUUCAUAACUGCUAAUUGUUAAAAUCAUCAAUCACGCUUGAAUAAAUCAAACAGCAGUUGCAUAUUUAUUCGAUUGUUUUAAAAAAUCUCAACAUCACAUUUGGGUUUUAAGCAUAGUUUGGUCCAAAUGCACUUCUAUUUUGUUUCUUUUGAGUCAGUGUCCUUUUUGUGGCUGUCUCAGAUUUACUUGACAAUAAUGCUUUUGCUACUACAGAGUGGACCAGAAUCAAUUUGCAAGGGGGUGAAAUUCUUGCAUUCAUUAACUCAGUGAAAAUGGUGACUUCUGUGUUUUAAGUUGGAAUGCAAUAUUCAACAUCCAUUAACAUAUUUGAAAAUUUUUCAAUGCAGAAUUUUCACCCUCACUGGUGUGUACCAUUUGUAGCUUGUCCAUAUAUUUUCCGAUCAUUUAAUUGUACUCAGGACAUUUGCCUCUAACAUAGCAUUGUGUUUUCUUUCCCCCUAUGAUGGGUCAAAUUACUAACUAUAGAUUCAGGAAUGUUGAUAAUUAGAUAAUGUUCCAUUAUUAUGUAAGUAAUAGAAGACACGUUUUCGCAUACUGUACUUUGACAAGUUGAUUAUAGUUAAACAGUGUACAAAAUUUAUCUAUAUUGUAUGUGUCCUGUACAGUCAAAUAUGCUGUCUAGUUAUUGUGAAAUAAAAAUCAACAAUAAUAUAA